CGACCCAACAGGAUCUACGAGCACGCAUGCGCACAGAAGAGGUCGCGCUACCUUUUCUUAGUGGCAAAACAGUAGCUAAUAGCGGAGCUAGCUAAAAAAAUCCGGAUUUAAGUUCGCUUUAGGAAAACGGUUCACUGUGUUAAUGUACAUCUUGUACUAGAGUUAUAUAUAUAUUUCGAUGUAUCAGGUAGAUUUAUCUAAAAAAUGAUUUUAUAACCAGGGCAGGCUAACAACAUCGGCUAGCAUUAGCAUCAUUAGCAGGAAGAGGCCUCACCGGCUCGCUUUUUCUUCGAGGUGAUGAACAGUCCCGGCAGGAGCACACACAUGGACGGAGAGGAGGAUUUUUCAGGGAAUCACUCAGAUGAUGGUAGUGGCACUCCUGUGCAGGACGAACACGCCACAGCCUCAGACGCUGAGGAAUCUCAUCACUCCGAGGACGAGGGCAGCGACAGAGAAGGUCCCGUCUCCAGUCCGGCGGCUCCUGCGGAAGAUAGCGAAUCAGAACACGAGGACCGGAAGGGAGGAGGAGCCAACAGUGGCGACGACGAUGAUGAUGAUGAUGGCGGUAAUGGAGGCUCUCAUAAGCGGAGAGGAAGCACAUUGGAAACAGAGGAUCAGCACAAAGAGCAGGACAGUGAAUCAGAACACGAUGAGCCGCAGAAGGGGCGAGGCCAUGACUCUGACAAAUCGGGUGAUGAGAAAGUGAAACAGAGAGAUUCGGAUGAGGACGAGGACGAAAGGAGGAAAGAUGACAGAGAGGGGGGGGGAGCUGUGAUGCGGUCCGACAGUGAGGACGAGGAGGACAGGAAGCCAAAAGAUGAAGCAGGAAGUGAGCAAGAGGAAGGACGAGCUCGGGGCAUCCGAUCCGACAGUGACGAUGAUGAGGAGCUGCCUGUGAAGAGGAAGAAAGCGAUUCUCUCUGACAGCGAGGAUGAGGAGCAACCAAAAGUGGUGAAGAAGAGGAGGGCCAUGUCGGAUGAUGAUGAUGAAGACUCCGGUAGUGAUCAAGGCUCCGAGGCUCCUGAUAAAACGGUCGCCGCCAAACUCCGGGAGCUCGGUUCAGACAGCGAGGAUGAGGAGGAGAGCAGGACGAAGAUGGACACAGGGAAAAAAGAUGAGAAGACGCUGUUCGGCAGCGACAGUGACUCAGAAAACGACGAGGAAGAGAAAAUGAUAGCGGACAUCUUUGGAGAGUCGGGUGAUGAGAAUGAAGAGGAGUUUACGGGCUUUAACCAGGAGGAGUUGGAGGGGGAGAAGCAGCAGUCUCAGGCUGCAGGACAGAAGGCAUCAGUGGACGACUCGGAUUCAGACGAUGAUGUGGAGAGAGGAGGGAAAGAUUUGUCCUUCAUGUCUGAUUUCGACAUCAUGUUAGCAAAAAGGAAAGCCCAGAGCGGGAAGCGCAGACGGCACAGAGACGGGGGAACGUUUAUCAGUGACGCCGAUGACGUCGUCAGUGCCAUGAUCACCAAGAUGAACGAAGCUGCUGAGGAGGAUCGGACCCUGAACAGUCAGAAGAAGCCGGCUCUGAAAAAACUCAUGCUGCUGCCCACCGUCGUCAUGCAUCUAAAAAAGCAGGAUCUGAAGGAGACGUUUAUAGACAGUGGUGUGAUGAUGGCGAUUAAAGAAUGGAUCAGUCCUCUUCCUGAUAAGAGUCUUCCAGCUCUGAAGAUCAGAGAAGAGCUGCUGAAGAUCCUGCAGGAGUUGCCCAGUGUAAGUCAGGAGACACUGAAGAUGAGUGGAAUCGGCCGAGCCGUCAUGUUCCUUUACAAACACCCCAAAGAAUCACGACCCAACAAAGACCUCGCUCUCAAACUCAUCAAUGAAUGGUCUCGGCCCAUCUUUGGUCUGUCGUCUAAUUAUAAAUGCAUGACGAGAGAGGAAAGACAGCAGAGAGACCUCGAUCAGCAGAUCGCCCCCCGCAGGAGACUCAGCUCAGGAGGGCAGACUCCUCGCCGGGAUCUGGAGAAAGUGUUAACAGGAGAGGAGAAAGCGUUGCGACCGGGCGACCCCGGGUUCUGCGCGAGGGCCCGUGUGCCGAUGCCGUCUAAUAAAGACUACGUGGUUCGACCCAAAUGGAACGUUGAGUCGGAUUCAAACCGGGGUCCUGUGAGAAAGAAUUUAUCACGUGUAGAUAAACAGAUGCGUCGUUUCGCUGAUAUCCGCCGCCUCACCAAGACGGGGCACGCGGUCAAGAUCAGCGUCGAGGGCAACCGCAUGCCUCUCUGAUUCCGUACGCAUCACUUCCUGUUUGUUUUUGUUCAUUUACUUUUGUACAAUGGCGUACGUGUGGAGAUGCAACCUGCUGCCUGGAGACAGGAGGAGAAGAAGGAAGGUGGAGCUACAUGUCUGUAAUAUAGCUGUAAUAUCAUGUGUAUCGUGCAGCAUCGAUGUUCACGUGGAACUUUCAUAAUAAACACGUUCAAAUCA